AUGAAACCCGAAACAAAACUGGUUGUUGUUGCAUUAGAAGGUUGCCAUGGUUGUGGUAAAACCGCUUUAUGCAGAGAAUUUCAAUUACAAGGUUAUGAUAUUCUCGACGAAGCUUUUAUGAGCAUGCCAUCCUAUGCCCUUCAUCCACAGUCUCUUCUUAUGGAAACAUCAUGGGUUUGCUCCUGGUUUGAGCGCGUCUUGCGUCUCGCUGAUCGUGUUAAACCGGGCCAGAAACAAGUUUUCAUUGCUGAUCGGUCGCCACUCAGUGCUGUGCUCUAUUCUGCCAAUGGACAUUUGUUAGAGCCUGUUAUUCGGGAACAAAUGAGAGAAGUACAAGAUUAUGCCGGUGUUCAGUUCUACACAGUGCAUGUACAAGUCGAACGCAAGCUAUUGUGGCAUCGCAUUUGUGCACGCCUUGAACUCGAACCUGAGCGACUACGUCUGAAUGAGCACAAACGGGAAUGGAUGGAAGAAAUUGUCACGUUUUAUGAAAAUUUCACCUGGGACUUGACAGUAACCAAUGAUAAACGCAGUGUGGCAACCAUUGCAGAGACUAUUAGUCGACUAUUGAGACAGAAGGACAAUACGUUCGAGGCUGUGUACAAGUGUACGAAACCAAGAGCCAUGUCUCCUCAUUUGUCAUCUACUAGCAGUAUACUCAGUACAGACAGUGAGUGUGGAAGUGCUGAGGAAGAAAAUGUCGAUGCAGACUGGAAUCACGACAAGGAGAUGACGCAAUCAGAGAGUAUCAUUGCAUUCAAUAACAUUCCACCAUCUACGACGGACACGUUCUGA